AUGUUCAUUCACCCCUAAGAUCACAGAUCACAGCCACGCUGGGAGCUCGAUGCCAACUCCUCAGGGCUGCACCCUGGAUUUUCUGACCCGUUUUCCUGGUUUAAUUUUCGCUGCUAAGUUUGAGUUGAUUUACCUUCAAGAGUUUUACAAAUUUUGUGCGACUCUUGCCUUCAAAAUGCUGAGAGGAUCAAACGCUGCAGGUGGAACAAGUGUGUGAAUUUUGACCGGAUCAGAUUGUGAACAAAACUGGAUUUCUGGAUAUGUGUAAAAAUAUGUUGAAAGUUAUUUGCGGAAGAACCGCUGGAAAUCUACCGUACCUCAGUUUUAUUUGAGUUUUUAUUAAUCGAUCUUAAACAUUCCUUGACUAUUCAGUUUGAUUCGCCUUAACUGAAGUUUGGGGAGGGGGGGAAGCAAAUUCUUCCGAGGGAUGGUUCAAAGCUGUGAAGAUCAGGGAGCGACAGCCCGGCUCCUGCAGUGGAGUUUCGCCUCAUCCAGCUCAUGCAGCGGGUCUGAGAAGAGAUGAAAGCCGCGGUUUACCACCUCCUGGUCGGCUAUUUUUGCCUACUACGCACCGCUGCCGAGGAGUCUCCUCUCCCUCGGGAGCUCCUGGAGCGGCUCUCUCGCAGCGAGAUCCGCAGCAUCAGCGACCUCCAGCGGCUGCUAGAAUUAGACUCCGUAGAGAAUGAGGUGAUUGAGGAGACCAAACACAGCUACCACAAGGACUUUUCUCACAUCUUACUAGCUCACAAGAAAGCACAUUCACACACAAGACAAAAAAGAAGCACUGUUGUGGAAGAAGCUGUGCCGGCCCUGUGUAAAGUGCGCACAACAAUUUAUGAAAUCCCCAGGAGUCAGGUGGACCCCGCUUCAGCCAACUUCAUCAUCUGGCCUCCCUGCGUGGAAGUGAAACGCUGCACAGGCUGCUGCAACACAAACAACAUGAGGUGCCAGGCGGCCCGCAAACACUACCGUACCGUCAAGGUGGCGAAGGUUGAGUAUGUACGGCGGCGGCCGAAACUGAGGGAGGUGGAGGUGACGCUGGAGGACCACUUAGAGUGCAUGUGCAGCAACAAACGGCACAUCAGCCUAAACCAGGACAGAGAUAAUGGUAUCAGGUGAAGACAGAGACAGACCGAUGAUGCAGUGGACGAGAAAAGAGAGGCCACCUAUAACCUCUUCACCACCUGCUAUGAAAGGACACGUGAUGGAGAAUACAUGACUCAUUUGAACCUGAAGUGUACACUUAAGAGUUUGCUAUAAAAAGUAAAUCAUCAAAACCCUCCAAACCCAGAGAAGUACCUCAAACAAAAUGAACAUUUCUCAGUGAAGAAGGAACGUUUGGAUGUUUGAAAUCAUCAAUCUUGAACAUCUAAGAACAAAUUUUUCCAUGCUCUGCUCAUUCACCUGAGUGAUUGAAGAUCGUUGUCUGGUUAGAAACAGUGACUGGGAUGAGGUUUUGUACUCCAUGAUUUGCUCUUCCUCUGGUAAAACGUUCAUGUAUAUUCCGUUAUUUUUAUAACCUUUUUUAAUGCUGUUUGUUUUCUAUUUCUGGUACAUUAUAUCAAUAGAAAAAUGAAAGCAGGAUUUUACUGCAUCAAAUAAAAUAUUUAUAUAAAACACA